CAGUAUUCCCCUUGGUCCCCGUCUCGACACUUCGAUGAAGGCAGACGCCACCCCGUCCCCCCAGCUAGGAACAUGAAGGGCUUAUCGGGCGGUCGCUCCCAGCACCAGAUCCUCUCGCCCCACGGGCUAGACCAGUUCGACUACCCCCAAGACAUCCAUGGCAUGGGUCACCAUGGUGGCGCCUCCGACUCACGCCACACCUCCUACCUGCUCAGCCCCACUGAGAGCUGCCCCAUGGACUACCACCACCGCUACUCACCGCGCAGCUCCAUCCACUCAGACUGCAUGAUGAUGUCCCCCGUCAUGAUGGCGCCCUCGUCAGUUGGCGUUGGCCCCAUCGACCACGUUUCCAGCAGCACCUUCCCCAGAAUGCACUACAGCACCCAAUACUAUGACUCAGCCACGCGUGACGACUGCGCCGCCAUCACUGCCUCCGCCACCUCCCAUGCUGCCGCCACUGCCGCUUCCGUUUUGCAGUACCAAGGCAGCGGCAAGAGCAACCGCAUCCCGGCCAAUCUGCUGGACCAGUUUGAGAAGCAGCUGCCGCUGCAUCACGAUGGCUUCCACACGCUGCAGUACCAGAGGGCGUCAACCACCACCACCACGGAGCAGCGCAGCGAGAGCCCCGGACGCAUCCGCCACCUGGUCCACUCUGUCCAGAAGCUUUUCACAAAGUCCCAUUCCCUGGAGGGAUCGUCCAAGAUGAACGGCACCAAGGGUGAAGGAGGAGGAGGGGGACACCACGGAGGCUCCCAACACGGCCACCAUGGAGGCUCCAAGCACGGUAGCAAGCGGAGCAAGAGCAAAGAGCGCAAGGCGCACCGCUCGGGGGGCGCGGGUGGCUUCUGGAGCUCUGACGACAACCUGGACAGCGACAGCACCUACCGCACGCCCAGCGUCAUGAGCCGUCACCACGGUGACUACGCCCAUGCCGCCCACUGCUACCCGGAUUCCAUGCAUCACAGUCACUUUGGGGACAUGUCCCUCAAGACCUCGAAGAGCAACAACGACGUCAAGUGCUCAGCAUGCGAGAGCAUGGCCACGGCUCCGGAGGGGAAGUUUAUGAAGAGAAGUUCCUGGUCUACGCUGACUGUCAGCCAGGCCAAGGAAGCUUACAGGAAGUCCUCCCUCAACCUGGAGAAACCCAUGAUGCACACAGACCUCAAGCCCUCACUACGGGCCUGUCACUAUCUGCAGGUGCCUCAGGAUGAGUGGAGUGGAUACCCGGAGGACGGAGACAAGGACGAGGAGAUCCCAUGUCGGAGGAUGCGCAGCAGCAGCUACGUCAAAGCCAUGGGAGAGGUAGACAAUGACUCUGGUGGCGAAUCUGACGGCAGCCCCAAGUCCUCACCCCAGAAGGCCAUCCGACCCGACGCCCUUGUCCUCAAAUCAGUUAUGCAGAGGCCCCACAUAGACCCCCAAAGCCAGAGCUACCACUUGCAAACCACCCGAGACAUGAUGCGGCCCCAUCCCAGUGUCACCCUGGACCCAGCCUUCAAUUACCCCCAACACCAUGUACCCCUGGGGCCUCAGUUCCGCUCCCGGAACCAGAGCUACAUGCGAGCGGUCAGCACCCUCAGUCAGGCCAGCUGCGUCAGCCAGGUGAGUGAGACUGAGGUCAAUGGCCAGUUUGAGUCAGUUUGCGAGUCCGUUUUUAGCGAAGUAGAAUCCCAGGCCAUGGAGGCUUUGGACCUGCCUGGCUCGUUCCGCACUCGAAGCCACAGUUACCUGCGUGCAAUUCAGGCUGGGUAUUCCCAAGACGACGACUGCUUGCCUUCAAUGACAUCCUCCACUGUCACUUCAACUCUCAGAUCCACAACAGAGGGAUAUGAUAUGCUGGAAGGCACUUCUUUGCUAAACGAGGACAUGAUAGAAGACGACGACGGGGCCAGCUCCUCGGCCUAUGAGGAGUUGGAGCGCCUAGAGAGGGAGAACGCUGUAGCUCGCAGCCAGCACAGCACCAGCUCCACUGUAACUGCCAUCUCUGUCCCCCCGACCUCGCCGCCUGCCUACCGGAUCCCUGAUGCCCCCUCCAUAGCCGCCCCAGAUCCCCCUGUACCUCAGGCCAUCCAGGCCUUUAAAGAGUCCGCCAACAUGGUGGCCGCCUUCAACAUACAGUGGAAAGACGAGAUCUCGGCCAUGCGCUACGAACUGGCGGAGCUGCGCAGGGACGUGUGCGGCGAACUCAAAACUUUCAACAGCAACUUUUUCAACUUCACCCAGUGCUACAACAUGUGGACGAUGUGCCGCGAGAACGCCAGUGACAGCUCAACACAGACCGGGGACCGGGUGUCUGUGGGCAUCCAGGCUGGCACCAGUGGGCUCGUCAGGCAGAACACAGAGGACAAGUCUGUCAUGUGCCAGCCGGAACCAGCCCCCUUUAACCUCAUAAACCUGAUGGACCCUCCCCGCAUCGAGAUCACUGGGGAUUCAACGCCAGAGGAGGAAGCCAGCAGCCCCACUAGCUCUCGGCUAUCGGAAGAUUUUUCAACAUGGGACAACAGGGAGCAGAAAAUACGCAAGCGCUCUUCGGGUGGCAGCCGCAGGAGUGCCAGUCUGGAACUGUGGAACAGGAAGUACACCAUGGUGACGCACAUGCCUAGCUAUAUGUCGAAGACUCCCCCGCCGGCACCACCUCGCUCCACCUCCAAGCCCCUCAUCUCAGUGACGGCUCAGAGCAGCACAGACUCCACUCAGGACGCCUACCACGAGGGGAGGGACCCGCGGGGGAGUGUACUGUGGGCGCCGGACUGUCUGGGCGGCUCGGGUCGAACCCUCUACAACUCCACCGACAGCCUGGACAGCGCCAAUGUGGUGACGCUGGCCAUGGAGACGGCAGGGAGCAAGCGGCACGCCUCCUCGGGCAGCCACAGCUCGGUGCAGACGUGUGACAAGGCGGUGUUGGUGUCCAAGGCUGAGGAAUACCUCAAAACGCCACGUUCCUCCAUAGGGAUACAGGUGGAGACGGCGACGGACUCAGAGUCGGAGGGUAAAUGUCUUCCUCAGUACCAUUCUGUUGGCACACAGGUGGAGGAUAACAAACGGCAUGGCAGGUUCAAGCGCUCCAACAGUGUGACGACGGCCGUACAAGCUGACAUGGAACUAGAGGGCUUCCCCACCAUGGAGGACAAGGGCCUGCAGUUUGGAGGGGGCUUAGGCUUCCGCGGGGGCCACUCGGAGCCCAGUACACCCACCCAGUACGGGGCCGUCCGCACCGUCCGCACCCAGGGCCUCUUCAGCUACCGGGAGGACUACCAGCGUUCCUCCAGCGGUCCUCCCAGUCCGCAGCCCGAGUCGUGGCUGACAGAGCCCUCUCUGGAGGGGGCUGAGACGGGCCGAGUGUCCCCCCUCCGCAGGGACGGCAGCUGGUUCAUGCAGCUCCUCCAUAAUGAAACUAAGAGGAUGGAGGGAUGGUGUAAAGACAUGGAGAGGGAGGCGGAGGAGCAUGACCUGUUGGAGGAGAGUGAGUGUCUGACGCUGCACCUUAGAUGCAUAUGGCAGGGGCUGUUCACAUUCUAA